AUGAGUACUAGACAAAAACAAGCAUUAAUUGAUCAAAAGGCGUCACCAUUGGAUAUAUUAGAAGAAGCUGAUCGUUUAUUAUAUCUAUCAUCGAGUUCAUAUACGAGAUCUAUUUCUCGUACAAAUGUUGGACAAGAACAGUGUGAAACAAGAUCAAUUAAUAGUCCCAAACGUAUCGAUUUUAUUCUUGUAUAUAAUCGGUCAUUUAAAAAAGUUGAAAAUGAUAAAAAAACACAAUAUAGAACAGCUUUUCAACAAAAACUCAUGGAUGUUGGAUUUGACGUCGAAGUACAAGAUAUUAUUGGCAAUGAUAAUAUUUGUACGGAAAAUGGUAGUGGUGGUAGUACUAGUUUUUUACCAUCAAAACGUCGUACAAAAAAACAUCAAAAAUUAAAAAAUCUUCAAUAUGGUAAACGUUUUGUUAAAAUUCAUGCACCAUUUGAAUUAUUAUUAGAAUUAGCUGAUAAAACAAAAAUGAAAUUACCAAUUGAAGAAAAUCGAAAUCCAUCAGUAUCAAAAUUACCAUUUGAUUAUUUUAUAUCAUGGUUAAAAUUUUCACAUGUUGAUAAAACAAUAUUUCCACCACGAAAACAAUAUUUUCUUGCUGAAUAUGAUAAAACAUUAAGAUACAGAUUUGAACAUUUAUUUGAUACAAUAGCCGAUGUACGUGAAAAUUAUUUUACACCAGCACAACGAAGUCGACUUGUGUACGAUUUUUUAUUAAGAUGUCCAUUUGAACAAGAAAAUAGUCAAGAAUCUUUUGAAGAAGUACAAAUAAAUACAACAGAAAAACGUUUACUAGAAAUAGAAAAAAUUUUUACUGGUAGUUCAAUGAGAUCAGGCAUCGAAGUAUUGUUACGUGAUGAAGUAUAUGAAGACGCCUAUCCUUUACAUGCUCCAUUAAUAAGACGUAUCAAACAUUAUAUGAUACCAAAACAUAUUCUUAUACAAUCAAAAUAUACUCGAACACGAGAUAUUUGUGAUACACUGGCCAACACUAUCAUGUGUCCUCGUCUUGAUAGAAAUUCAUAUUGGAAACUUGGAGAAAAUUGUAUCUAUGCAAAAAUGGCCUAUUUGUUUGAUAAUAAAAUAACUGUUUGUUAUGCAGCAGUAAUGACAGUUUGGUCAGCAUUGUAUUUAUCAGCAUGGGAUAUUAGUGAAUAUCAGUUACAAUAUGAAUGGGAUACAUUCAAUUUAACUGAAGACAAACCGUUAACAAAUGAACCGAGACCGGAUUUCAAACGAAAAGUUCGAACUACACGCAUUAAUCCAGUAACAGGGGUUGUUGAACUUCAUUUACCAGCAAAAGAGAGAUGUUACAAAUUAAUAUCGUCAUUUUCGAUAGUUUCAAUGAUGAUUUGUCUUGUUCUAAGUUUUGUUUUUGGUGUUGUUUUAUAUCGAAUAAGUAUGAAAGCGGCCAUUCGUUCAACGCCGAAUGAAUUUGUUAAACGUUAUUCGCCACAUAUUGUAUCAAUAACUGGUGCUCUCAUUAAUCUUGUUGUUAUUAUCGCUCUGAGUUCACUCUAUGAAAAAAUUGCUAUAUGGCUUACUGACUAUGAAAUUCAUCGUACAGAAAAAGACUAUGAAAAUGCAUUGACAUUAAAAAUGUUUCUAUUUCAAUUUGUCAAUUUUUAUGCAAGCAUUUUCUACAUUGCGUUUAUAAAACCAUGUAAACGACCACAUGAGGAAGAUUAUAUGUUAGAAAAAUGGUCAACUACAACACUUUUCUACGAAUAUCUUGAAUUAAUAAUUCAAUAUGGUUUUGUAACAAUGUUCUUAGUAGCAUUUCCAUUGGCUCCUCUAUGUGCAUUUUUAAAUAAUAUUAUUGAAAUUCGAAUUGAUGCGCAUAAAUUUGUUAACGAUGUUCGACGACCGGUAGCAAAAAAAGUAGCUGACAUUGGAAUUUGGCGUUUGAUCAUUGCAGCAAUAUCAAAACUGGCAAUAUUAACAAAUGGCCUUUUAAUUGCUCUGACAAGUGAUUUUAUUCCACGUUUUGUUUAUCAAUAUUAUCGAAGUCCAAAUAAAACACUUACAAAUUAUGUUAAUUUUUCAUUAUCAAUUUUUGAUACAUCACACUACAAAGAUGAAAGUAUUAUUCAUGAUAUUCAAAAACACAAUUAUACAUAUUGUUUUUAUAAAGAUCAUCGAAAUCCACCGUGGCAUUUACAUCCAUACGAAAUAAAUCAUGAUUAUUAUGUUAUUAUGGUUGCACGAUUAACAUUUCUUGUCACAUUUGAGCACAUUGUAUUUAUAUGUUUGAAAUUGGGUGAAGUUAUUUUACCAUUAUUAUCCAAAAGUGUUAAACAACAAAUUGAACGAAAAAAAUUUAUUGUACAAAAAAUGCAUUGGGGUGCUCGUUUAUAUGAAAAAAAUCCAGAACUAAUUAAACGUGAUUUAAAAAAUAUGUACGUCGAUACACAAUCGAAUGAUAAAAAUGCUGUUGUUCAUCAUUUAUGUGAACAAAACCAUCAGUAUCAAACUAAUUGUCAUCAUGAUGUUAAAAGUAAUGAUAUGGAACUUAUCUAUAAUUUAAAAAUACCUAAAAUAAAUUCUCAUACAUUAUUUAUACCCCAACGUCGUAACAUUCGUUCUCACAGUGAUCCUUUUAAAGUCAAUGAUGAUUAUCCGUCUCUAUUGCCAUCAUCAACAAUAACAACAACAACAACAACAACAACAACAAAAAAGACCAAUUCUCGAGAAUAUUUUCCUAUGACAAAAUGUAAAACAAAUUUUAAGAAAUCAAAUAGUCGAUACAUGUCAUUACCACCCGAACCUUCAGCUCUCGGUGAAGAAAAUGAUGGUGCCAGAUAUAUAAAACCAAGAACAAUGAGUGAAUUAAAAAGUGAUUUAGCUAUUGCAAUAAAUAAAAUAUCAGAAAAUAUAAUUGAUCUUGGAAUAUCGUAG